AUGGCUGUUUCAUGUACACAAGUGACUGUAGAAAGAACCUUUUCUGGAUUAAAGUACAUUUGCAACGAUCUAAGAUCAUCAAUAUCUUCUCAUUUACUUGAUGAUAUUAUGGUCAUUCGAGGAAAUCAUAACUAA